AUGUGGUUACAGGCUGCAAUCCAUCUCUGCAGUGCUAUCCUUACAUGUGCUCCAGUACAACAAUGUGAACCAGUACAAUGCCAAGAUCCCUGUGCUGUCGUUGAUCCUUGUCAGUCACAAGGUCAAGGAAUAGGUGCACAAAUAUCACAUGGAGGAAUAGGAGGAAUAGGAGGAAUUGGAGAAGUUGGAGGAAUAGGUGCACAGAUUUCACAUGGAGGAAUUGGAGGAGCUGGAGGAUUCGGUGGACAGGCUGCACAAGCAGUUGGUGCACAGAUUUCACAUGGAGGAUAUGGAGGAAUGGGAGGAGCUGGAGGAACCGGUGGACAAGUUUCACAAGGAGGAUAUGAAGGAAUGGGAGGAGCUGGAGGAAUCGGUGGACAAGUUUUACAAGGAGGAUAUGAAGGAAUGGGAGGAGCUGGAGGAAUCGGUGGGCAAAUUUCACAAGGAGGAUAUGAAGGAAAGGGAGGAGCUGGAGGUCUUGGUGGACAAGUUUCACAUGGAAUUGGAGGAUAUGGUGGAGAGGUUUCCAAAGGAGGACUUGGAGGUGGAUUUGGAGGUGGAGUAAAGAAAUGAAUAUUUGACACAGAAAAGUCUUUCUAAAUUCUAUAACUCAACACUGUUCAUUUAUGCUAAGAAUAAUCAAAUAAAUAUCAAAUCAUUAUGUAAUAACUGUACAAAAAAAAUCAAAAUUUCUAUUACAUGUCUUAAUUUUUGACAAAUAAAUUAA